UGAUAUAGAAGAUCAAAAUCCUCUACCUUUGUUAGUAUCAUCCCAGCUCAAGGAAUUUCAAGAAUCUUACGCAAAAAUAAACCAAAAUAAAAAGUGGGCUCUAUCAAGUAAAAAAUGUAUCAAGGAUAUUAUUUUUAAAUACUAUAGGCAACUGUCUACCGAAACAUAUAUCCAUUCAUGGAUCAUUGAUUUGGAUGAUCGAGAAGCUGAAAAGUUAUUUAGUAUGAAAGAGUGGAAUAAGAUUCGUCAUUCUGUAAGAGAAUUACUACAAGUUGAUAGGACAUUUGCAGAGUCUAUGAUACGCUUCUCAAAUAUGUGUGUUGAAGUUCAAACAAAAAGCAAACUAAGACAAAUCUUAAACACCAUGUCUUUCCUAAAUGAAGGUAAGCCUUAUAAUCGUGAAACUCACUAUGAUGCAGAUCUUACUGAUUUUAAAGAUCCAAAUGAACUAUUACAAAAGCAACACCUCGAAUCCUGGUUCGAUAUAAAUGUGUGGUCUCUAAUCAUUGAUCACAGUCUUCAGAAUGUAAUAGGAAUAGAAACCGUCAGAAAAGUGGAGUGUAAGAAGAUAGGAUACCGAAUAGAUGGUAUACUUCAAAUGUACAUUGACAAUGUAGAGUAUGGAGUAAUAGAAGUUGCCAAAAAAUUUGAAGCAACAAAAUUACUUUCUGAUGGAUAUAAAUUAGGAAAAGCUAUGCAUGAUAUACUUAUAUGCCUUAGCCAAAAAGUCCAUUUUGAGGAAGCAAGAGGGUAUGUGUCAAUAUUAAAAAGAGAAAAACUUCUUGAGGUACCAGCUAAAGUUGAUAAAAUUAAAGAUCUUAUCAGGGUCUUGGCCAAUGUAUGGAUAUUAAAG